AUUCAACAAGCUAUAUGCCUUUCAUAAGAAGUUUUGCUCACCGUACUGUUUAUUAGUUAUGCUCCACAUAUUCACAAUCGCAAAAUGAGUAACUCAGUCCAUCACAUGACCGCGUGUUUGCGCGACACCGCUUCACGCGUAUUCCCACUCGGCGUCAUUGCCCUGGACCAACUUCACCGCAAGAGUGUUUGCUCCUGAUAUAUAAUGGUUUGAUUUUACCCUUCCUUCUUCCACCACCUUUUCCACAUCUGUCAGCCUUAGCAUCAUCGCCACCCCUCACAAUGGCGGCCAGUUCUGAACAGCAGACCGUGAUUCCCGAGGCAGCUUCCGAGCCCACCUCAGUGAAUGAUAGUACAGCUUCCAGGAAUAAAACGGAGGAGCCAGAGCACCCUGAUGCACCUGCUAUCAGGAAACAGGUCGAAUAUUACUUCUCCGACGCCAACCUCCGCACCGACAAAUUCCUCCUCCAAUGCUGCGGCGGCCGCGAGAACCUACCCGUCAGCCUGGGCCGCAUCUGCGGCUUCAAGAAGAUGCGGAAAUUCCCCAAGAAAGUCGUCCCCGUGGCCCUCCGCCGCAGCAACUUCCUCGAAGUCAGCGACGAUGGCAAGAGGGUCUGGCGCAAGGUUCCGCUGGAGGGGAAAUGUCUGCUAGAUGAAGACUUCAAGAUGAGCGAGAGCGAGACGCGGAAAGCGCAUGAUAAGUCCAGACGCCGAAUUGCUUAUCCGCUUCGAUUGAUCCCGCAGACGAAGAAGGUGCUACCGGAUGGUAUGACGAAGAAGAUGAUGCUGCCUACUGGUUUUGAGCCGACGUAUGCAGAGGGGCCGCUUUCGCCUGCUGAAGCCGCUGAGGAUGCAGCUAUGUACGACGAAGAUAAGCCGUUUGUGGAGCGCAUCGAGCUGGCUAUUCACCAAUUCAUGGCCAAGAAGAGGAUGCAUGAGAUGUACUCCAAAGUCUUCAACAAGUGGAUGAUCUUUGGCGGAGUCAAUUGCGAGCCGAGGCAGUUCGGCGGAUUGUCUCAGGUAGAGAUGAAGCAAAUGGCUGCGGAGGAGAUCGCAAGGGCGAGAGCCAUACAUCAGGUAUCGUGGGAUAGAGGGGACAGCAAUAAGUGGGUGGUGGAUUUCGUAGGAGUUGCCGAAGCUUUUCUUUCAUCCAUAUACCCCAUCACCUUCGGCUACGAAGCCAAAGGUGUCGCGACGGCUUGCCGAGUCCUUCGAGCUUUCUACAACUACCUCCUCCUUCACUCAGUAUGCGACGAGUACCGCUCUCAGAUCCUCGCUGCCCGCGCCCUUUGUGACAAAGCCGAGACCGAACUUCCGCAAUGCUAUGCUGCCGCCACUGCGCUGCCAGGCGCCUUCAAUGUAGCCGCUAGCACCAUGCUUGGUGGCUAUCAUGCCGGCGCAAACGUGACGGACGCAGGUUGGACGACGGAUAGCGAGCGAGCAGUCUGGGACGUUCGGGGCGUCGGCAUGCGGGUUAUUGAGGCGGAAAUCAUCUUCCGCGCGGGGUGCCUCGUAUACGGCAACGAGGCGCUACGCGAUCUAGUCGAUACAGAAAGUGACCACGAUGUCGAUGCGGUCAAACCUGUCAAGACUGAGUCGCACCUGUAUCUGGAAGUAGUGAAGAUUGUGUCUCCGACGAAGAACGAGGAAAUUGACUACAUGCUUCAUCGACAAUCGUGGGACGGAGUGAUGGAGCACCUUAACCUGCAACCGAUGGGCAAGCUGGUCUCUUCAGAGUACACAUUCCUUGUUGAGGAGGCUGCGCUCAAGGAAUGCUACCCGGGUCUGAAGAUGUCUGUCACGGUCAUCACCCUGCCGGGAGGUAUGCAUAUUCUGGACGAGGUCAAGGAGACGUAUUGCAGCUUCUACAAGGUGCUCCCAAACGAGCUCCUGGCGGGCAGGAAGACGCCGAAGUUUAGGCUCAUGAAUAGGCAUCUGGAGGGGCUGGAGAUGGCGGAGAAGGUCGGGAUUGACAGGGUCGAGGAGAUGGAGGCUGGGACGAUGGAUGACGAGGGAUACGACAGUGACGAGGCGGAUUAG